AUGGAGGUCCUCUGGGCUGGCAGAAAUGCCUGUGCGAAGGGCGUGGUCCUGGGGGACCCCAAGCGGGAAACUGGAAGACGAGUGGCUACACCGCCCGAUGGGGCCACUCCUGCCGGGCCCCCACCCCCACCCUCGCGGACGCAGAGGAGCCGCCAGCCCCUCCGCAGUCCGGGCUCGGCGAUCGGAAGGGAGCCGGCCUGGGGAGGGGGUUCCGGGGGAGAGAUGCGUUCGUGUGUCACGGGGGAGGGAGGAGAAAAGGGAGGGGAGAGGCCGGGAGCGAGGGAGAGAGAGCGCGCGGCGAGCGAGGAGGGCGGGCGGGAGGCGGGUCCUCCUACCUGGGGCGCGCUCGCUCGCUCGCAGCUCGCUGGCCGGGGCCGCGAGUCACCUGGGGAGGCCGACAAGUGCGGACACAUUGGCCGCCGCGGCGCUCGGAGAGGCGCGCACGGCCCCAGGCUGCUGCGCCCAGCGGAGGCAGCACCUUCCCGCCCGCCGCGCUCGGGCCCCGGCCCCCGCCGGCGCUCCCGGGGCCCCGCGGUCACUCAGCCCGGCUCCGAGCUUGCAGCCCCCGGCCCAGGUCACUCCCCCAGGCGCACGCGGCGGCGUCGGCGGCCCGGGCUCACCAUGGUGGCAGCGCGCGCCCAGUGCCCGCGCGUCGCCGGCCGCCGGAGCCGCAGCGCCGGCUGA